AUGCCAUACACUGCGCCGUUGAACCCCGAGGCCGCCGAACGACCUGCUGCCCCUCGUUCGGCCUCGGCCCGUCUGCAAACCUCUCGAUCCUACUCCUCCACCUCGUAUGUCCGCCGUCACCGGAGGAGCCCCUCCAUCAGCAAAGCGCCUUUACAACCAGCUCCCAUUGACCCUCAUGCUAGUCUCCGUCAGUCCCCGCCUCCGUUAAGCAAUGCCGGCAUCCCACCAGGGGCGGUGAUCUCGCCCCCGGAGUCCGCCCCAAACUCGAGUGACGAGGAGUCACCGCGUCCAAGUGAAGGAAUCAACAUUGAGGAGCUGGAGGCUGCAGUCAAGGCGAUCGAACAACGGAAGGAUCACUUCGAUCAGAAGAUGGGUCCCGCGGAUGCUGUGGGAGCAGAGGCUCAACCCUCAUCAAGUCAACCGACUAGACGCCCACCACCGGUCAUCGCCAUACCUAUUGUAAAACCCCACCACUUGCGGUUGUCUAAGGAGGCUCGGAAGAUAUCCCACUCCCGAUCAGCAACCGAGUCCUGUAUUCCAUCCCCACAUGAAGAGGCGUUGACAAGCUCCCCGGACGACAGCGAUGAAGACUCAUCGUCGAAGCCGCCAAUGGUCAGGAAGAAGUCGGGCGAAUUGGUUCGCCCAGCACUUCGUCCUGCCUCGGCACGUCGUCGACCAUCGAGUAUGCCGGGGACUCCAGUCAUUUCGAAGGCCGUGCAUUUUGACUCACACUUGGAGCACAUCCGUCACUUCCUGCAGCUGGACCGACCGUUGGCCGUCAGUGCCGAGACAUCCCCAGUGGAUAGUCACGACGAUGACCACGAGUUUCCAUUCGGUCGCGAGGAGAACAGUGGCCCAUCAUGGGAGUGGGCGCUUCGGCUGAUGAACUUUCCGGAUGUGUCUUCGCGUCCAACUGCCCCGGUUCGGUUGGAGAAGCUCUCUCUCUCUACCGAUAAGAAUGUGCUAUUUGGAUCAGUGGCUGUGGCCAACCUCGCUUUUCAGAAGAGCGUGGCUGCUCGUUUCACUUUUGACCACUGGAAGACCGUAUCUGAAGUCGGUGCGGUCUUCUCCCACGAUCAGCAUUCCCAGCAUGCCCACGAUGGGUACGAUAGGUUUUCAUUUGAGAUCAAGCUGAACGAUCAGACCAACCUGGAACAGAAGACCCUUUUCAUUUGUAUUCGAUACAAUGUGAACGGUCAAGAGUUCUGGGAUAACCAUAAUGGCUCGAACUUUCAGGCUGGUUUCCAUAAGGUGCCCAAACCGCGCCCAACAAAAGCAUCGGGUGCGCCCCGCCGCCCCACACUCCCUCGCAGUCGAACUUUCACUGGUUCGAAUAGCGGUCGGCCUCUAUCUAUGCCACCAUCGUUCAAUGAUAUACCAGAGCCCAGCCAGAAUGUCCCCUUCUCAAAUCCGUUCAGCGUGCCCACGGUCACUAAAUUGACCCGAACCCCUUCGGAUGACAUUGACAACUAUGGGCCGCCGAAACGUCGAGAAAAGCCCAGUAAGCAGGCUUUCGGUAACAGAUACGACUUUGGUGCCUCUCUGAGCGCCGCUAUGCAAACCAAGUCUCCGCUUGACCGAACAACUCUCACAGCCCGUGCACGAUCUGGGAGCGCCGAUAGCGAUUCGGCCGAUGCGGUCGGGGGAAAAGUAGGACCUUCGCCAGGUCAGUCCUCCAUGAGUGACACCAGCACCAAUGGCUCCCCAGUGAAAGAUUCGAAGUCUCCUCCUUCCGUUUCUACCAAGCCGUGGCUCCAGUCGUCAGGGUACCGAGAGUUGGUCGACAAGUACUGUUUCUAUGGUUCACCCAAGUCCGACAGUACAAAGCAGAGCUUUACUGUGAACGUACCUCGUGAGGAGAUGAAGCUUCAUUCGUCGGGCACUCCCUCACCACCCCUUUCCCCUGGCUCUUCGGCUUCCCAGGCGUCGCCCCCGGUCGAGACCGCGCGUGAUACUCAUGCAUCCAUGCGUUCUGCAUCGCCGAGUUUCCGCACCUCGCCUCGCGCCUCGCCAUCGCCCAAGUCCCACCUCUACCCUUACCAGCAGAAGACGUUGCAAAAUGGUUUUAUGAGUGACUCUCCGUCGUCCCCAGUUAUUAGAGGGUGA